GUUCACUCUAUUUUUUUCGGAGCAUCCUUGCAACAAGAGCCAUUUCGAGGUUCUUGAGCACCUGUAUUGGUCACUUUCUCACUGAAUUGGACUUUGCAGUCCGUCAGUGAAACCUUAUCGCUUGGCUGCCAGCGGGCAGUAACCUCCUUGCUGUUGUCAUUCAGUAAUAACUCAUUACUCUACCUCGCGACUAAGUCGUUAAAGUCUUAUCCUUUAAAGCCGACAGCUUCCCUUUUUUCAAGUGAAGGUAUUAUUCACAAUGAGUGGAAGCGGCGGUUUCUAUAAGUACCGAUGCAAGUACUUUUACACUCAUAACUGCCCUAAUUGGGUAUACGUUAACAAUUCCCCCUGCGCAAACUGCUGCGCGGAGGGACGAGAUGUCGACGGUGAAGUCCUCGAGAUGCCUUUGCCGAGACACUCGCACGAUAUUUGCGUUCCUCGGGUCGAGGAUGGCGUCGUACGCUACACGUUGAUGGAACUUGUUAAUACAAACGAGUCUGGAAAUCAAUGGAUUCUCAGAUACAAGGUCAACCAGACUCAAGUUCCUACAAUGAUGACUACCAAUGCCACCCCCGGUGCCCCGAUCCCAGCAACGAGCUAUUGAAAGGAGGAGAUGUCUGUAUAGCCGAUGACGGCGAAGUCAUGGCGUCGAAUGUUGAGAAUAGGUAAUCAGAUGGGACCUUCCAGCAGUUUCCAGGGAUUAGGGAAGGG